UUCCUUUCAUGCACAAAACUUUAAGCUCUCAGUCUUCAGACACCAUGAAAAUACCAACCACUAGAGGCUUAGCUACAAACUCUGCAGCUCCAUUCUUGAGCAGAAUCUCAACAUCAACUUCAGCACUUAAAUGGGUUCCUCAAUAUCAGCCUUGUUGGGUCGAAUUUCGGGUUUCUUUAUCAAACGGGUCAGCUCGUUGCACUAAUUCAUCAGUUCAUGCGUCAUCCCCUGCUAUUCAGCCGGACUUCGAUUCAAACAUACUGCAUAUUCCAAAAGCAAAAUUACAACUUGUAGAGGAAACUGUAGAGAAGGUUAUAUACAGCAGUCGGUUUUUUGCUAUUCUUGCAGUCUGGGGUUCAUUGAUUGGCUCAUUUCUCUGUUUUAUUAAGGGCUGCAGUUAUGUAAUAUCAUCAUUCCAAGAAUACUUUGCAAUCCGAGCAAAAGUCAUAUUGUUUCUUGUUGAGGCUAUAGAUAUAUAUCUCUUAGGGACAGUGAUGUUAGUCUUUGGCAUGGGUCUCUAUGAACUCUUCAUCAGCAACCUUGACAAGUCAAAAUCAAUGUCAGAGGAAAGAACUCCAUAUAGAUCAAAUCUAUUCGGGAUAUUCACUCUAAAGGAACGGCCAAAAUGGUUGGAGAUAAAAACUGUUAGUGGGUUGAAGACCAAAGUUGGUCAUGUAAUCGUGAUGCUUCUUCUCAUUGGUUUCUUCGAGAAGAGUAAGAAGGCUGUCAUACACACACCAUUAGAUCUGCUUUGCUUCUCAAUUUCAGUGUUGCUUUGCUCUGGCUGCCUAUUUCUGCUUUCGAGACUCACCGAGGAGAAUUGAUCGCUUCACAGUUUUGUACAGUCCAAAAUAUUUUAAUAUACUGGUGUUGGUAAUCUUGCCUGAGCUUAACAUGUAUUUUUUUCGUGUCCAUAUGCAUAGGUGCAGUAUGUUUGCAACUGAGGAGUGAUGUACAAUAACAAUCUCCUGCUUAAUUUUUCCCAUUUUUUUGGGUUCCUGUGCAGUUUAUUCCUAGUCUGAGUUUAUGAUUCAGAGCCUGUAUAAUCUUGUAAAGACUUGUUUUCUUGUCUUUGGCAAACUUUGUAUCCUUAACCAUACAAAACAGGACUUUUUCUC